CAAAAACUUUGGAUCGAGGGAAAAGUUUACGAUGUGUUAACAGCUGAUCAGUUUGAACAGAGAACUCAAGAUAAUAUAAGAAUGGGAAAGAGAGAUGGCGAUUUGAGAUUUUUUAAGGGGAGAAUAUCGUGCUUACAAUUAUACAACAAAGCUUUGACGGAAAGAGAAGUACAAGCUGUAAGAGGGAUGUGUUUCAGAAAAGUUCCAUUAAAACCCGUUGCCUUUUUCCCAUUGAAUGGACAAUACGAGACAACAGACAUCAGCCACAGCCAAAACCCUCCAGGAGAGGCGUCGAAUGUUGAAUUAGCCCCAGGGCCUGACGGUUUUGAUGGAGGCUCGUAUCAGUUCAAGGGAAUGGAAACAAGCUUCAUCACGUUUACAAAUACUGGAGGACUUGACACCAGGUAUUCGUUCACGUUUCUGGUGUGGAUCUACCAAGAACACACUAAAGGUCCGAUAUUCUAUUAUUUUGCACCUGGCUAUUAUGGCGUUAGAUUAAUGGUCGAUGAACAGGGCUCUUUCUAUGUCAACCUGCGCACAUCACAAUCAGCGGCCUUGAGGGUGCUCAAAGCAUCUGUUCUUGAAGAAAAGAAGUGGCACUUCAUUGGUUCAUCUUACGAUUACGUCAGUGGAGAAUUGAUCCUUUGGGUAAAUGGAAGCGUCCAUAAGAAAGUCAUCAUUGACUCGCCCGCUGAGCUGGCAACACAAGCAAAUGUUACCAUGGGUGGGCUGCCCGGGGAAGCUGGCCAAUACAGCGGGAGAUUUUCAUGUUUUCAGCUUUACGACAGAGUACUGACCGAAAGUGAGAUUGAAAAUGCCAAACAAUUGUGUUCCACCACAGGAAGGUCAGAUCCCAACCAAAAUGUUUACAUUGGCGAGGCAGUGGAUUUAAAAUGCGACACUUUGGAAGGGAAAACUGCGCGCUGGAGCAAAGAUAGCACUGUAAUUCAAGAGAGAAGCGCCGGCUAUGGCACGAGCCUGGUCAUCAGCUCUGUUCAGCCACCUGAUGAAGGAACAUACACUUGUGACAUCAUCAACGACGCGGGGGAUAUCCAAGCGUCUUACAGUGUCACUCUGAGGGUGGAGGAUCCAAGUUCCCUUUGCUCCGAUUUGAAAGCUGAAUCGAGCAGCGUAUGGAAAUCCUGGAGUGUUUUGCCUCCUUCAAAUUAUAGUCGCGAAUAUUAUGAGGGGAAAUGGUUCCGGGCAGAAAAAGGAGCAGCCAUGACAAGUUCAUGUAUCUCGGAAGAAACCUGUGGCGUCCAAGCUCCUAGCUGGUUGAAUGGUCCAAAUCCGUCCAGAGAGAUGGGGAUUAUUCAUAGUCAAGUCUGUAUGAACUUUCGAAACCACUGCUGUUAUCAUUCAUUGCCCGUUCAGAUAAAGAAAUGUUCCGACUUCUUUGCUUACAAGUUGCAGGAAGUUCAUCCAAUGAUACCUGGAAGAUACUGUUUCACAACAAAUAAUUUAGACUUUGUCGACCGAAUCAACAAUGUCAUGUUUACUUCUUCUGGGGCUGACCGUUUGUUGAAUGGUCACAAGAUCGCCAUUGUGGGGUCAGUUGGCAACUCUUUACAGUGCAUGCAGGACUGCACAAACGCCGCUGACCGCCAUUGUAAGUCUUUCAACUAUAGGAAGCUAACAAGAGAAUGCCAGCUGAACAACGGAACAGCACCGCAGGAAAGAUCUGGCAUGGAGAUGAAAGUUGGAUACAACCAGUACGAUAUCGCUAAAACCGAAAUGAUAAUAUUUCCAUAAAUAUGGAUUUAAACUACCUCAGCCUGUGCAAGGUUAAGCUUAAAGAACUUUUACGGAUACCCGAUCAAGCCUUAAGGCAGAUGUGAACGCAAAACCUCUUUUUAAUACCAGGAAAAACUCUUAGAUCUUGUUGGACUCCUUAGCACUCUUAAUAAAACUGCUCAUAGCUGAGUUACGUACCCUCUGGUUAUUUCGAUACUUUUACCUGUAGUAAAAGGGCGUCUGUGUCGCGAGAGAAGUUGGAUCACUGGAUAAGAGAGCACUUGAAGAGUGGAGACGGAUUCUGGUGUCAAUUAAACACUUAAUUAUUGGGAAAGAAUUCAACUUGGGACGAACAUCUGACAAAAAAGCACAGAUUGAACCUGCGCAAGCAGCUUUUAAGUUUAUACUGAAAGACGAGAGGAAAGUUGGGUUAACAAUAUGAAAAAUUGUGAUACCUCUCUCUUAACCAAGAAAAAUUUUUUUCCAUCCCGGAAAUUUUCAUGAUGUUCUAUAAGACAUAUUCUAGUUAUAGAAAGUCUAUCACCCCUUUAAACUUAUA